AUGGGCGCCCAUUACAGAAGGACUGGUUAUGUUGGAACGGAACAGGACAUCACUAUUGAGCAAAUCAUUACCCACGAAAACUACCAUACGCCGCUGAGAUACAGCCACGACAUUGCAUUACUGAAGCUUGCGCAACCCGCUCGACUUGGUAAAGGAGUAGGUGUGGCAUGUUUGCCUUAUUCAAAUGUUCCUCUACCUGAAGAUGUUCCACACAAGAAAUGUUGGGUCACUGGCUGGGGUACACUGGCUAGCGGAGGAAGCCAACCAAAUGAUUUGAUGCAAGCAUCAGUACCUCUUGUCUCGAAACAACGCUGCCUGAAGGCACUACCUGGACGGAUUCAUGACUCUAUGCUGUGUGCAGGGUUUGACCAAGGAGGUGUAGAUACCUGUCAGGGUGAUAGUGGGGGACCUCUAGUCUGUGAGCACAAUGGAAAGUGGUACCUGGAGGGAGUGACUAGCUGGGGUCACGGGUGUGCAUCUCCAAACAGCUAUGGAGUUUACGCUAAAGUUCGUAUUCUUAUGCCGUGGAUAAGAGCAAAAAUGAAUUAUGUAACUCCACCUCCAGAAAUAAUAUCAAGUAAGUCAUCACCUCUUUUACUUAGUUAACAAGCAAGCAUUGCCCUCAAAGUCCUUAACCAUUCCUGUCUAUCCUGCAAACGUAUUUUAAUUAAUUCAUCGAUUUUCGUGGUUGUAGAUAUGUGCAGUGUCAAGAUUACCUUUAAAGGUAGUACAUCAAUCUCUCCGCUCUCUUAGAUUACAGAAUAUUUUAAAACUUUCCCAAAUUCGUACACCCAAUUGGCAAAAAGACGUAUUUAUUAAGAUGCCACUCAUCGUUUGUGAGUUGACGUUUCAUAAGUAACAAGGAAAAAUAAGCUAAAUAGUUCUCAAUAAAUUUGCAUUGAGGUAGUGUCAUUUCUCGCCCCGUACGUAGUUAAGCCUGCUGUCAGCUUUGUUUGUAUUUUGUUUACUGUCUAUCUCUUUUUUUUUUUUAGCCUAGGAAUGAGCUUCACAAUCGACAAGAGAGGGAUUAGAAAAGGAAUGGUUCAUUCGUGCUUUAAUGAUUAAGAGCACUUUUGCAUUUGAAUUCAUAAAUCCUCAAAGCUAAUUAAAAGUGAACAAGACCACAAAUUUUAAGCUUGUGAAUAGAUGUUUUUAUUAUGAUUUCUUGUUAUUUUACACUCAAAUGAUCGCGCAUACUGUAAAUGACUUAUCUACCAUUCCCAACCCACUUUAUUUUCAAACCAAAGUCCGAUCCACCGCUCUCUUUUAACACCAGAAAUAACCCUCUAUGCCAUGCAGGCAGAGGUUUCUUCUCGGCGUGGUUUUUAGAAGUUACGAAGUCGUUCGCGUCGUGACAUUCGUGUAGUUGGACGUAGAGAAUGAACAGCGACGCGAUCGACUUUGUGAAUGCUAAAAAAUAUAUCAUGCCCUGACUGAAACCUCUGCUACUAGGGUAAAACCCCUAGCACCCUAGCCUUUCUAAGUUUAAUAGUGAUUUCCUUGUUAAAACUUGGAAACCGUUUAAAACUCUGCGAAAACGCGAGAUUUUUUCUGGUGUGAAGUGUGGCAAAAACGCAUGUACAAUCUAAAAAUGGUACUGGAAAGAAAGUUAACUGAAAAACUAGGAAUAUUGUAGAUGAUAGAGCAGUCAUUCAUUCAAAGUUAAGAUUUUGGAGUUAUAGCUUUCGUGACUAGCUGGUACAGAUUUGAUUCUUCGAUCAGAGCGUUUAAAUGCAAUAUUCGUUGGAUGCAGCUAGGUCAUAAUUCUGCCUCUCAGGCCCCAUAUAGUAGGUCCACAUCCUGGGGAGGUAGUCCAUAUAAAGGCCUAUGCUUAGUCUAAUAGACGGCAUCAUACGAAAGUGGGACCUAUUCAAUCAAAAAUGGUAUAGGUAAGAGAUAGAACCUCUGGCGGCGCGGGGCCUCCUCAAAUAGAACAAUGUUCAGUCCCUGGGGUUUGGGGCUUUCUUAGGCUGGAAAACUUAACUUAACAGCAAAAAUCGGCCCUUAAAAACAUUAAAUGGUGUUUGACAAAACCCAUUCUAAGGCGCUGAAUCUUUUACAAGGAUUAUAGCAAUACUUUUUUUUCUUGUGGAAGUAGGCUCAGUUUGCUGCUCUUCAAAGCCCUUUUGUUUCCAAAGUGCCAUUAAGAAUAUUUUUGUUUGAGUAAAAGAUGUAUUUGUAGAAAAUAAUGGUCCAUCUGCUUAGUCAAUAAGUGCUGUGUUUGUGCAGGAAGCGUUCUUUAAUUACUAUUUUUGCAGAGGGAGACAAACACAAAUAGAUUGCACUUUUAAACGCCAACUUCUGAUCACCUCAUAACGUGAAAAAACAAAUCUACACUUCAUAAUGCAAUGCCAUUUUUUAAGGACGAAGAAUUAUUAUCUAAAACUUAGAAUCAAAAUUUUGUGCCUCUUUAAAUCUUUUUUUUUUUCUAGAUUAUGGAUUGUGGGUUUCAUGGACGGGGAAGGGGAGGAGCCACGAGUUAGGAAGCGCGUGAGAAAGGAUUGGUAUAAUUGGCCGUUUUUAUAGUAGAGGACGCAUUAUCCGUCUGGACGAGCUUGGGCAAACACUUGUAGUUCGUCUGGUUAUGGGUCUCAUGAAUAAAGACGGGGCACAAGACGCAAGGACUUUUCUUCGAAAUAUGUCUUGAACUACGCACUACGAAAGGUAGUUCGUCUGGACGCUUAAUGCGUCUUGUGCCUGUUUUUAUACUAGAGACGCAUAACCAGGCGAACAGCAAAAAUGUUUGCCCAGUUUCGUCCAGACGGAUAAUGCGUCCUUAGUAUAAAUACGACCAUUGUCUAAUUUGUAAACCAAUCGUCGACCCACAAACUACUGAGCCCCGGAUUAGCCGCCAUGCAAAUGUUUGUGCUUGAUUUUCCUCUUUCUCGACCAAUAUAUUUUAUCGCUCUUCGAUUUUUAUGAAGACUUUUUAUUUUCGACUUUUUCCGACUUUUUUCUUGACGUUUUUCCUCGACUUUUUUCUACCUGCUGAUCACAUUUAUUACAGACUCAUUCCUGCGUAUUUGAGAAGUGCUGAAACGUGGCAGGUUUGAUUCUUGGCUUGGUAACUCUUUUAUUUGUCGCACAGUGUUGUGCAGUUUUACAACAAGGAAAUGCUGCAUGAGCGCGGAGCUGUUACUGAGAGUUACUACUUUUUUUCACAUAAACAGCCUGGUGUAUUACAAUUAUCAAAAGACGAUAGUUUUAGAUGUCUUUCUAGCUGUUUUAUGCCACCUAAAUUUCACAUUUUCUCGGGGGAUCAUCCCCCCGGGUUCCUGCUCCCCCCCCUCCCCAAAGUGGCCCAACCUGCGCAUGCUCUUCAAGAUUUGUAUCUUAUAAGCCCAUUUAUUUCCAAAGAGCUAUUAAAAAUUUAUCGUUUGGUUAAAAGAUGUAUAUUGCUGUGAAAGAAAUUAAACGAAGAAAAUAAUGGUCCAUCUGCCUAGUGAGUAAGUAUUAUGUUUGUGCAGGAAGCGUCCUCUAAUUACUAUUUUUGCAGAGGGACACAAAUACAAACAAAAUGCACUUAAACGCCGCAUAACUUCUGAUCACAGAAAUGAUUCGAUAGUAAUGUGAUGGGAAGAAAGAAUAUACACCACAUACUGUUGAACCUGUUAAACCAUUUUUGAAGAAAGAAGAAUUAUUCAAUAUUGAAAAAUGGAAAGCAAAAUUUCGUUUCCCCUUUUUUUGAUCUAAGUUUUUGAUUUUUUUAGCUAGGAAUCCGGAUUGAGAGAAUACAAAUUUAGAACUUCAUACAUGAACUUCCUAAACUAUCAACAAGAGAAGCAAACUUUGAUUGUUUAAAAGUAAAUUGUGACGUCAAUUGGGGUUAAUGCGUGUGUGCUCAUGUUUUAAAAAGGGUUUUUAAGUGUUGCUACAACUUGCUCGAAAUUAUUUGUUUUUCUCCUGCUUAUAAAUUAAAGCUUAAUUAGACUGAUCUCACAGUUGCUUCGGGUCCUUUGGCGAGAAUGUUAACUACCGGUAUCCUGUUUUUAAGCCUUUGGGCGGUUUCAAGUGCUCAAGGUAAGUCUUUCGCGCGAAUGAUAUCUUUUUCAGUCCUCUGACUUGUCUGUAUUGUGGAUUUUUGUCUUAUCUAUAUUUGUUGGACUUUAAAGGGUCAUUCAUUUACAACAGCAGCACCCAACGACUUUUUUCAGCAAAAUAACGGUUUUCCUAGUAAUUUCUUAGCUCGAGAAAAGCUAAAAUAUUGGAUAACCGAUCCAUUCGUCAAUGAUAUUCACUUCAGGCGGUUGUCUACCUUACUUACGAUUUUCGAAAGUUGCGUUUUCACAUUUUAUUACACAUAUAUUGCAAUUAUUGUUACAAAAGGUCUCUUGAAAAUUUCGAUCGGUGUAAAGACAAAACGUCCCAUAGAAUCGAAUCUUCUCCGAUCUCCAUGUCCUCGAAUUUUGCCUGCGGGCCCAAGGGCAGCUAACAGUUUCGGAUGGGACGGAAAAGCAACCUAAAAUUUUGGAGACAACCAAUAAAGUAAAGUUCCCCUAAGACAUACAAACCGAGAGAGAAUGAGGUAAGAGAGCGAAUCCCCGUGCCCCAUGAUAAUUAUUUUAAAUCUUUUUUUAGUUCGGUCCAUACCGCGAAGGUUAUUUUUGAAUUUUGUUCUUAUGAUCACGCGGUCUAAUUUUACGUGGAUCAUCAAGGUAUCAGUUAUUACAGCUCGCUUGUGCGUGCUGCGUGGACGCUGUCAGUUGGCAUGAAAUCAUCCAUUUUUCCAAUGUAAUCAUAACUAUAACAAAAUUCUCAAAUCUGAUUGGUUCUCAACUGCCCUGAUUUCAGCCUUAAUAGGACAGUUUAAUAGGACAGUACGCGUCAUGCCUAAGUAAUUGGAAAGUACGCGCCAUCACGCGCGCGCUUAAAUGGCUUUUUUUUUCAUAGCUAGCGAAAAAAUCUUGGAAUUUCUUGUGUUUUGAUUUAAAAAGAGCCCUAUAUAUCACAAAUUUUGUUAAAGUUAUGAUUAAUUUCCAAUUCGGUCUGUAAUCAUACUCGUGAUUAAACAAAUCGGACUCCCGCUACGCGGUCGUCCGAUUUUGUUAAUCACUCGUAUGAUUACAGACCGAAUUGGACUCCGCUCAGUCCUGUUACCAUUACUAAUCAUGUAGCAAGGCCCGGUUCAUUAACAAUGCGUACACUCGAAACAAACAGAUAAGUAGUGUUUAGGACAGUUCCAUGCAAAUUAACCAAGCAGGCUUCUGAAAAAGAGAGAGACAACCAUGUAGGACACUUCCGAAGUAUCUAGAAAUAACUGGUCAUUGCGUGUCUCUGAUUCACAAUUCAACUUAAUUUCUCUGUAUCGAGCUGUACCCACAAGUCGGUUACCGUUACGGGGGUCCGAGUCAUGCGGAACGUGAAACAUAACGCGGAAAGGCGCGCGGGUCGCUGUUUUAGGUAACAUUCUGAGCAAAAAGCUCCUGGCAAAUUUAGGGUCAUAACUUAGUGCUUUUAACCAUCCGAAAAUAUUCUCGUACCGUUUAUGAAGAAAAAUUAAAUGCAGAACAAAUUUCAUCAUGGAAGUUCAUUAAUACUAACCAUGGCAGACACAAUUUUUUAGUGAUUUUUGCACAAAAUAGACGAAUUUCCUGGCCAAAUGACAUUCUUUAUAAAUUUUGAAAAAUUUUUAUGCAGAAAUAUGCCUUGUUAAUUUCUUUUGCGGAAUAUUCUGGGUUUCCUGAGACCAAAAUAUUUUUUUUCUGAAAAUUUAAUUUUUGCCCUUUCCAAUGAGGUAUAGCUUUAUAUGGAACUGUAAAUAACAACAGAGAUAUAUAUUUUUUUUAAAGUUGCAUUGUCAAAAAUACUUUCAAAAAAAAGGAGGAAGACAAGGAGUUAAAAGUUUAAAAAGUUGGCCCAAAUGUUUCAAGUUUCAAUCCACCUUCACCCUUACUAUCCUUAGCAAAAUGAAUGUCUGAUGAUAAUGAUGAUUAAAUUCUGCAAGCAGAAUACUGCAAUGCUGAUCGUACUACGUGACACGACACCGAAAGAACUCUAAGCAGAGCGGGAUUGUAGCCAUAGACAGCUGUUUCGCCGUCUUUGGGGCUCGUCAGUAUGGUGUAAUAACAACCAGAGAUCAGGCUCUGAUGAAAAAUAUCGGCGCACUCUGAUUUUAGCCCUGACCUAGCACCCCUAACACCCAAAGAAUCACGCUAUAUCACGUGUAUUCUUAGGGGCAAGAGUCCAAGUGUCAAGUUGUUAAUGAUGAUGAUCAUUAUUGUUAAUUUUAUUAAUAAUAUCAUUAUUUUUUUUUCUUUUCGUUUAGUAAUAGUACUAUAAGGUAUUGUAGUGAUGCAAAAAGGUGUUAGAUAAAACAGGAAAUAGUCUCAAUCUUAUGCCUAGAUCAGUAUCCGGUUGUAAACAACAAAAGUGGACCAUGAUGCGAAGACGGGUUUUAGCUAUUUAAAAAGGUAGCAAACGUGAUAUAGCACCUUUAAAUCUGUAUCCUCCUGCUAGGUCUCUUGUGCGGUAGGAAAGGAAAGCCGAGAAUCGUCGGUGGAUCGGCGGCUGAGGAAAACGAAUGGCCCUGGCAGGCGCUCUUAAUGGACAAACGGAAAAAUCAAUUUUGCGGAGGUUCCCUGAUUGGCUCUCAGUGGGUGUUAACCGCUGCACAUUGCAUUGACGGCGAGAGUACAAAGACUGUACAAGUUCGGUAAUUUGAUUAUCAUUUCACUGAGAAGACUGAACUUCUUGAAUGUGACGUGUUUCCCUGUUUACUCAUGGGAUGUUGGAGGGGAUGUCAGAUUGGUACGGAAGUGCCAUUUUGACUAACCCGCAUUGCACACUAACGAGGUGUACCAGUCCAAGUUUUAUAAUUGUCCUCUUCUUUUCUGCAAAAUUUGUUCUGCUGUCGUUAUGUGAAAUAUUGAAAUGACACAAUUCACAUAGACUACGAGUAGUCCCCGUUUUUCCUUAGGGAUAGUAGAGCGGGCGAAACGCGAGCGCACGUACUCGUAGUCCGUACAAUUCACACCAGGUACGUGCUCUCACUCCUCCUUAGGCACUUCCUUUCUCGCACUUCAAGUCGCAAACAAAAGCAGUCUUGAAACACGAGUGAAUGGUAACGAAACACUACUGGGAAGCACGGGAAUACAAAAAAGAGAAGCGAAUCGUUUUCUCCUUCCCACCUUUCUUUGCGCGCAAAUUUUGAGAGCGAAAAGUCUGGGAACGAAGCAGACUCGUGUUAAUGUCUUGAGACAAAGUUAUUUGAUUUAUUUUAGAUUAGGGUCACAUAAACGAAAACAGCAGAAACCAAAUGGAAUAGUUCAGGAUUUCAAAGUCAUUCAAAUUAUCAAGCACUGGAAAUACAACAAAAGGACUCAAAGCAAUGAUGUGGCUUUGCUGAAGUUGGAUCGAAAGGCCAAGUUAAGCAGGUAAGCUCGGGGGAGACGAGGCAGAAUAAAGUAAAAACUGAUAUCACUACUGAGUCCUAUUGAUUAACAGAAUUAAAAGUACGAGGAUCAUCGCAGCUUAAACGCAACUUUUGCAGUUACUAAAUGAAAGUCUGAACAAAUUCAGGCUUCCAAUUCUUGACCUCGGCGAUACUGGCGCAGCGCUUUACCAAUUGAGCUUACCAGCCAACUUGAAGCAGGCCAUUGAAUUGGCUCAUUAUUAUUAUUUUUUUUCCAUUGUGUCAUUCUUUUUGAGGGUUUAUGACAAAUCAACUUUGGGUGGACUUACAAUGCUCUAGCUUCCCUAAUGUUCAAAGAUGCAUGCUUAAGUCAUGCAAAGCACGUGGCGGCUCUGAACCCGUUUGAAAGUGUUAUGCGUUUCAGACCGAACAAGAAUUUUGUACCAAACCUAAAGGUCUAUGUGACGGUGUUUUCACAAGCCGGUUUAUUUUCAGAUACAUUUGCCAAGCACUUUUUCCUGCCAAGAUGAUGCACGCGUUUGAAGUAUAAGAUAUCAAAGAGGAAAACUAAACGUAAUUAAAAGGCAAAAAAUACUUAAUCUUUAGGCUUUGCUGACAAGUUUGUGCUGCCCUUGAAAUGAAAUGUGUAUAACGACUUGCGUUCCUCCCCCAUCCCAUUUCCCGCUUAUCUGGUGCUUUGCUUCGAACCCCCGAUAACUCUACCUUUAUUCGAUUUCCCUUGAAGGUUCGCGUUAUCGGGAGUCGACUGUAUCAUACGCUCCUCUUGACUUGAAUUUGCAGAGAGGUGAACCUGGUGUGUCUUCCGGAAUCUGUCCCAGAUCCUAGCCAUGGUCAGAAAUGUUGGACAACAGGCUGGGGAACUACAGCAUCAGGCGGAUCACAACCUGAUGUCUUACAUGAAGUAGAAGUACCAGCUGUAUCCCACGCUAUUUGCAACCAGGCUUACAAAGGAAAGAUAGACAAGACUAUGAUAUGCGCUGGUCUGAAGCAAGGAGGAAAAGAUGCCUGUCAGGGAGAUAGUGGGGGACCAUUUGUUUGUGGUGUAGGAAAUGGAAAUAAUGAAAGGUGAGUAAGUUGAAAGAAAACGUCUCAUUAGCACAAAACUCAGAGAACUGAAGGCAAUCGGGUCAAUUCAGCAAUACAGGGACGAAGACCCGGUACAUGUUUCUCGAAAGUCACGAUAAUUAACUGGCCGGGAAUGCUCUUGUUGUUUGAUACAAAAUGUGAUGAUGAAUUUUAAGCCAUCACAUUUCUAUCAUUUUAAGCUUGUAUCGACAUGCCAGUCCUAGCAGUAUGCAGGAUGCUUGCCACAUGAACCGAUUUCAGUGGCCAAAGCUCGCACGAGUCUCAAGCUGUAGCGUAGUGGUAGAGCAUCAACCUGGACUAGUAACCAGAAUUACGGUCAUUGGCUCUACUCCUGCUAGGAGUACUCAGAUUUUUUCUACUUAGUCGCCUGUCUGGGCCUUUCGAGAAACGGGCCCCAGCCAGUAGCAAUAAUGAGGGACAGAGUAGUAGAUUUAUAUAUACAUGAUUCUAAAAAGGUUGCUUACUUGGGCAUUUGUCUUUAAGCACUGAGGCACUCAGUUUUGUUUGGCGGCCACUCUAGCAAACCAUUACAGUAGUGAGUUCCGUUGGCCCAAUUAAAAUGCCCAAUACCCAAUUGUUAAUGAUCAUUUGUCAAGGCAACCUUUUUAUGGCAGUGAUAUCCAUAAAACAAAAUCUGCAAUAUGAAUUGUGUUUUUUAUAACGUAUAUCCAAUGAGCUGUUUGCACAUUGCGAGAGUUCAUGCAAAAUAAGUACUAAUUGCUAAACGCUGUCUUUUGCAUUCAGAUUUUACCUACAUGGUGUGACCAGCUGGGGUUACGGUUGCGCUGACCCAGAUGCGUAUGGAGUAUAUGCUAAAGUGUCUGUAUUUAUGAAGUGGAUAAAAAAACGAAUGGGAAAACCGCAAAAGCCUAGACCAACUAUGGCUCCAUCUUCCACCGUUCAGCCUCCAGCAUCCCCAUCCACUCCUUCCGGUAAUUAAACUGCCCAUAACCUAAUUUAGUUUUUCAUAAUUUUUGUGGCCUUUGUGUAUAAUUAUACACAAUUGCUGUCAUAGAAUAUCAAGACAGGGCGUUAUAACUACUUCAUAUUAUUAUGAGUUAUGACGUGACGGAUAUCACUCUCGCUUGAGUUUGUUUUAGAUCAAAACUACACUUUACUAAGAGAACAUUUGCGAAAACAUUUUACGAUCUGAACACAACGCGAUUAUUUAAGAAUUUUUUGAAAGGCUCAAGUUUUGCGUCAUUUUGGCACAACAUUCGUCUUAGUCCUCUCUCAGUAGCCUAUCGGAAAGAAAGGAUCUCUGACGUAGAGUAAGGAACUACGACGAAAAUUACUUUACUUUCAAACUGUUACCGUUCUCCGUCUGACAUUAGCUAGGGACUUUAAGCAAAUCACUAAGGUGACUUCUACUACUACUUCCACAACGUCACUGACUAUAGCCCGCCAAAUUUCAACAGCUACGCAAACGGCUCCCAAACAGUGACUUCGGGGUUUCUCGCUCAUUUGCUUUCGCUGUUACUAAAACGCAGGGAAGACGUAAUUACUGGAAAACCAGAUCAAGCUUAGCGUCAUAAAGUUUCUUGAUAAAGUGAAAAAAAAAAAAUAUGUGAAAGGUUUUAUAACCAGUGACUGAAAAAAGGAGAAAAGUCAACUUCGACAGGUGGUCUUGACGUUGUAGGAUUUGACGCUACGAGGAAAGGUAAUUUCCAAGCAUGCGCACUGAGUUAUUUUUGGGCUUUUUUACUUCCGGUCGCCGUAGUAGAGGUCACCGUUACGAUUUGAUUAAAGUCCCUAAUAACUUACACCUGCUCGUCUGAACGACUGAACACUUAAGCAGCAUAUUUUUGGUGACACUUUUUAAAUAAAAAAUCACCAUAGGAGCUCGAGUCUGUGGAAAAGGGCCAGACUCACGUAUUGUUGGUGGAACUGCGGCGAAGCACGGAGACUACCCCUGGCAAGCGCUUUUGCAAACGGCGAAGACUUCUCGACAGUUCUGUGGAGGAACGUUAGUGCAUCCAGAGUGGGUGGUAACGGCCGCUCACUGCGUGGAGGGCAGCAAAUCAAGGGACAUUAUUGUGAGGUGAGAAGAAGUAUUUUCGAAGAAGAAGUGAAACAGCUGAUCACGGGUUAAAACAAUUAAAUCAAUCAUCUACAUUGUAAUAACUCGACUUUUUCUUAACUUAGGGUGGAUUUUCACUGUCGCGAAAUUUUUACGUGCGUACGCACGUACAUUUUACGCGCGUAAAUAAAAUAGAGGCAAUGAGUGUAUGGUCACGGGCAUUUAGCGUUUAAGUUGACCGAGGUUCAACUUUAACGUUAACGCGCGCGCGACCUUCCAUACAUUGCCUCUAUUUUAUUUACGCGCGUAAAAUGUACUUGCAUACACACGUAAAACUUUACCGACAAUGGAAAUCCACCUGGCUUACCAGACCUCGAGCCGAGGAUAUAUUUUUAGAGUAAAAAUAUGAAACAUGGAGUGUUUUCGAGCUCAGAUACCUGUCCGUGUUGUAAUUGCUUUGUUUUGAUAACUGACAAGUUUAUUGCUUGAUUGGAAGAGAACGGAAGACGGAAAAGGUACGGAGUCCCCCUAUUCCCUCAAGCCCCUUUCCCAUAACGACUACUAUCAAACCCAUGUUAAAAUUAAUUGUGGAAGUUAAGCAUGGAACUUGUUUUUCACGGAAUCGUUUAUUUAUGGAACCAUGGUUUCAAAGCCGAGCUAUUACCGAGAAAAUGAAACAACUUGAUAAUGUGGUUUCAGUCUACAUGCCACGAGCCAGCCCCCAUUUCGUCAACGUUAACGUCUCACGAGGACUUUUGAUAACCACGAGCCUCAGAUUCAAGUUUUUGCUUUUUAUGGAGGGUACUCGGUAAUUUCUUGAAACACGGAUUUCCGAAAUGCUUCAUUGACGUAUUACAAAAUGAAAAAAAAAGACAAAAAACGAGACAAAAAAAGAGGAUGGGUAACAUUCAGAGUUUGCCUGUUGACGUUCGAUGCUGUACAAGUAGAAUUCUAGAUAGUCACUGAUAAACGAAAGAUAAAAGACCUGAGGGAAAUAUAGUCCUCGAUAAAAUUACCUGCAGGUUUAAUUUACUUUUUCUGUUUAAGAUCCUUGGUGAUUAGGCUAAUCAUUAUAUUUUUACUGUGACUAGAAUGGGGGCUCAUAAUAGAGUUGAAAGUAAACCGCCAAAUGCGAAGGAACAGAGAUUUAAGCUCCUUAAGAUCAUCAAGCACCCAUCAUACCACAAACCAAUAGACAUGAGUCAUGACAUCGCGCUGCUAAAACUAGAACGUCCUGCUAUCUUGGAUAGGUAAGUUAAUCAGCUGAUCAGUUUUGUUCUCCCGUCGACCUGAGAGAAAACACCUCAUUCUGUUCCAAAUUAUGAGUGUGGUAGGGGUGCGGAGAAUGUGAGGCUAUCACUGGUGCCUUCAGACUCAAACUGAAAACUAAAUAUGACUUGAGGCUUUUCGCAAUUUACUAUCGAAAAAUUGAAGAGCACACUGAGCAACAGAAGAACAUUAUACACCAGUAAAUCAGAACGGUUGAACAGAGAAUUCAUUGCAUGCUGGUGUAUUAACCAGAAUAGAAACGCAUGCGUGCAAAGCCAAGAGAAAAGUUCAAGAAUAGCAUAGUCUGUGGUGGAAGAAGUAUUUUGAUUUAUUAUUCUUUUAAUUACUUUAUUUCUUGGAAAUUUUGCUUAACUGAGUGUACAAAAAGGUCCCAUACCAGCAGUAUUCUUGGGGCGAAACGUAACUUAAAAAUAAAUGUGUUCGAUGGUCUGGGAUAAUGCUUACACCGCAAAUAAAGAAAUAGCGCUAAAAUCAGGGGGGCGUUUCUGUGAGUAAAACACAAUACUAUUUUGGGCAUCUAAAUUGUCUCCCUUAAGUCAGGGCGAAUACAGUCAAAUUACCUAGGCAGGUCUCUAGGAUUGAUUUGAGUCUCUGUUUGGGCUUUAAAAGACUUUUCUUUGGGCUGUUUAAUUUAGCUUAAAUUGAUUUCAAAUGGCUCCAAGGCUUUGGCCUGAAGGGCUAAAUUUAGACUGCCGCCCAACUUGCUGCUCGCGGCUUCGCUGGUGGCACAUUCAUAUCCGGCGCGCUCUGACAGAUUUUCAAGACGCUGCACGCGCAUACUCGCAGUCUAGGCUUUGAAAAUUUUCUGGAGAAGAAAAAAUAUAUAUAUUUAUAUAUCUAACGUUCCCGCUGAAUGGACCUUUUCCCUCCAACAAUAGUACAUCUCCAAAGUAGCCAUUAUAAAAACUAAGAGUGCGACCAUUGCUUUUUUCUCUUCUCCACCUGUCUUCCUCCUUGUUCUUUCUUUUUCUUCUUUCUUUUUCCUUCGUUAGUGUGCUUUUGGAGCUUAUCGAGCCCAAAAACACCUUCCUUUUGACGCCCUUUCACUCAAAUGACAGCAAAUUUCGUUAGGUUGGUAUUCAAAAAAAAAACAAACGGCUAGAUAAAAAAAAACAUAUCAUAUUCGGGACUGAGGCAGAUAUUUUUUAAUUUACAGUGUAUUUAUAAUUAAAAGUCUCUUUUCAAUGCGAAAUUUACGUACGCCUCCUUAUUUUUCAGCUACACCAAUCUCGCAUGUUUACCAUCUAGUGAUCCAGUUGUUGGAGAUUCGUGUGUUAUCACAGGUUGGGGUACACUGGCGUCUGGUGGAAGUCAACCAGACAAGCUACAAGUAGCUACCGUUCCCGUGGUACGUCAAAGUACAUGCGAAAAGGCUUAUAAGCAGUACGGUAUUCAUGCAUCAAUGAUUUGUGCAGGAUUGACUGAAGGGGGAGUGGAUUCAUGCCAGGGAGAUAGCGGCGGACCAAUGGUGUGCAAGGAUGCUUCUGGGCUGUACAGUCUUCAUGGUGUCACAAGCUGGGGUGUUGGAUGCGCUGAUAAAGGCAAGUACGGUGUGUACGCCAGGGUGAAGUAUCUCCUCACAUGGAUUAACAAGCAGAUCAGCAGCAAUUGAGCAUAAAAAUGGAACUUUAUCAGGGGCAAUGAUUUAAAAAAAUAUCCGGAAGUAGUCUGAUAAAUGCUUAUAAUAGUGCAUGUAGUGGUAUUUCGAAACUGCCAUCUGCAAGUCUUUUUUUUCCUUCGAAAAGAUCGACACGGGAAAGAGAUAAAGGUGCUUAAUAAAGGUCGCAGGUAAUCAAAGGACUAAUGGCAACUUCAGUAAAUAAGCAACAGUUAGAGUCUGAGAUUGCUAACGUACAUGCUUAUACGUAUGUCUGCGAGUGAUGUCUGAGAGAAAGCAGUUUAUUGAAGAAGUAUUAGGUCUUUGUAAGGGGAGGGAAUGUAGAUACUGAAAUGCAAGAGCCGAGAUAACUUUCCUUAAGGGGUAUUUUGAUCACAAUAAGCAAUAAAAAUAAUGG